GCACAGUUUUAUAGUCAGCCAUAUGUUAAAAUCUCUACUUUAGGAUUAUGAAAUACUCUUUGAUCACCGUAUUGGAAAAGGAGGUUUUGGCGAGGUGUUUUUGGCUCGUUAUCGGAGCACGAACAGAGAUGUUGCCAUGAAAAUAAUUAACAAGCAUCUUAUAAGAGAGAAAGGUACGGAAAAGCGCGUCUGGGACGAAGUACGGAUCCAUUCGCAGUUGAAACACCCUCGGAUUCUUUUGGAUUGUUUCCAAGAUGAAAACAGUGUGUAUAUUGCACUGGAGUUUUGUGUUAACGGAGACAUGCGCCGGUACCUCAAAACAUUGGGUCGCCCUUUGGAUGAAGCAUAUGCUGCCGUCGUUUUGGAACAGGUUGUGGAUGGUGUAAUGUACCUUCACAGACGGGGAGUCAUCCAUCGUGAUCUUUCAGCGUCUAACAUUUUUCUUGACAAAGACUGGAACGUGAAAAUAGGUGAUUUUGGCCUCGCCGCGCAGAUGUCAGGACCGAAUGAAAAACACUUUACGAUGUGCGGCACUCCGAAUUAUAUUGCACCUGAAAUCGCAAUGCGCAAACCGCAUGGCUUGGAGGCCGAUAUUUGGAGUUUGGGGUGUCUGUUGUAUACUUUUCUUUCCGGUCAUCCUCCUUUCGGUUCCAACGGCCAAGUCAGCACCACUCUGAAACGCAUUGUAACCAAUCAGUUGGAACUCCCUCGUCACAUCUCAAAUGAGGCUGCUGCAUUGAUUCGCGAUUUAAUGUGUAGCGAUGUCAGGCGACGAAUCAAAUUACGCGGUAAACGGUUAUGUUGCCUUAUAUGACC